UAGAGAAGAGACCGUGUGGGCUCUUCUCCCUCCUUCGUCCCCUUGUUUUCUCUAAUGUAUUGAAGUUUUAGGUCUCUAACAGAGGAGGAAAGCAUGGAUACCCUUUCUUCCAUUACUCUUUGGGGAUACCAUGAGACUGUUGAAGAUCUGAAAAACAAGCUGUGGACAACCUUUUGCGAGCUUGAAGAAGUGAAAAAUAAUGCAAGGGAGGAAAUCAGGAGAAAAGAAGACAACAUCAACCAACUGAUUCAGUUACUAAAAACAGCCAACCAAGAAAGAGAUGAAGCCAAGGACCAGCUUCAGAUUGUUCUCAACAAGCUAACACAGCCCAAAUCUGCUGUACUAUUUCCCUCUGCUCCCUUUUUGCAACCUGAAAGCCCACAGUUCAGGCAAGCCUUAGGCUCCUCCAGCAUAACCGAAUCUGAAAACCUCACUGAUGUUCACAACAAUCAGUCCCAUGUUUCUUCCCCAACUGUGGUCGAUUCCUUCGUCGACGCCUCCAUUUCCCCUGACCUUUCAAUAGUGAACUUUGCAGACUCCUGCAAUGUCUUCAUUCCACAGCCCACAUGCCCACAAGAUGAAGUCAUGAAGGUUCUCUUCGAUCGAUUUGCAAAGAAACCUCUUCCAGAGAAAGGCAGACUUCUGAAAGCCGUUAUCGACGCCGGCCCAAUUCUGGACACUCUUUUUGUAGCCGGUUCUCUUCCUCGAUGGAGGAAUCCUCCGCCUCUAAAGCCAUUGUUGGUUCCUCCUUUGUCAAUCAGAAGCGAUGAUGCAGGAGCACACGCAACUACAUCAACACCAAUGGCUUAUUAUGGCGUUAACGGUGCUCUUUGUAAGGCAAAGAGACCUCUUAUGGAACAUUGCGGGGGAAGCCAGCAGUACUUGACGGUUAAAAGGCAGAAAUCUCAGUAGUCUCUCUCAAUAGAACUUUUGGCUGAAAAAUUUUAUCUGGGAGAUAGCCUGAGCUUUGAACAUUCAAAGGCUGAGUUUUUCAAUUUGUACAUGCAAGUUGUCUUUGAAAAAUAUACAAGUAUCUAAACCUUUGGCAUAGCUGAAAAAUUAACUUUGCAAGUCUCUGUGGUAAGUCCUACUUUUGUAUAGUCUUGUAUUUCCAAGGUAAAUAUUUGCAGAUUAUUGGUUGUAAAUUUGUGCGACAGGGCACUAGAGAGAGUGUUUGGAGAUGGUAGUUGUUGAACCAUUUACAUUAUUAAAGCAUGCUAGCUUGCUUUUA